GUUGGAUUUUUGCCGUGAACGGACGUCUCUUGUGCUCUUGUGCGCUGCUGCGUCGCAGUUGGCGUAGUUUGACUCAAAACAAUUCAAGAAAACUACAGCAGCAAUAACAUCAACAAUAACAACAAUAACAACAACGACUGCAGCAACGAAAAUAAUUACAACUGUAACAGCAUUCUGAGUUGUGUUUACAUUUUAUUUUUUUAUAGUAUGUCAAAAUUUAUGAAAUAAGCAAUUCAAGCUUCAAAAAAGUAACUUUUGUGCGUCGUCGUGUAAAUUAUUGAUAGUAUUAUUAUUAUUUCGUUUUUUUUUGGUUUAUUUAUUUUUUUUUGUUGUUGACAAAUUAAAUGUGCAAUAAAAACGGGCGAAGGAACAAAAAAACAGCAAAAAGAUAAAUUCGAAACGCAAAAUCAAAAUCGCAAUCGCAAGACGAAAUUGAAAUAAAUUUUAUGUAAGCAGCAAAUGUAGAAAAAUGGCACAUAACAUAAAUUACUUAGCAUACAAUAUACAUAAUAAUAAUAAAUGAAAUACAUGCAAAUGAUAAAUGUGUGCGUGUGUGUGUGCGGUGUACUCAUGGAUACAUAUUUACACGAACAAUAAGGCAACUUUACACAUUCCAAUUGGAUUCUGUUUGUGUGUGAAAAUCUAAUAAGUAAAAAGAGACGGCGAAGUAACAACAACAACGACGACGACGACAACGGCGGCAGUAACAACAACAACAACAAGAAAACCAUAGGCACGGCAAAGAAGAAAAUAAAUAGCAAUUUCGACUAAAUAAAGUUCCCAAAUCAACGCCAAUCCAGUCGCGUGACCGUGUUUUUCCGUCCUCUUUAUUUUUUUGUGUGUGUGUUUUUUUUUCGGUGGUUUUGCGGAACACUUGUUGAACUCAUCAUCAUCGGAAGUCUCAUUCUCGCUCGCUCUAUCGCUCUCAACAAACUACACCACCCACCAAAUGUCGUUGCGAACCGGCGGCAAAGGUUAAACCAACAACAACAACAACUGCAAGAAAGGAAUCACGCAGAGAGCCAAAAAGAGUUGCGAGUGAGAGAGACCGCGUGAAAAACGUGUGUGCGUGAAACGUGAGAGAGGCCAACGACGAGAGAGAGAGAGACGCCAGAGAGGAAGUUCUGGCAUGCAGCUGGCUGGCUGGCCGGCUGGCUGCUCAUACGCCUCCAACUCCAAUUCGAAUUCCGACUCCAAUAACAACAACGUCGUCAACUCUAAUUCCAAUUCCAACAGCAAUUCCAAUAGGAAUUGUCAUUCCAUUGCCACGAUCACGGCACCAACAUCAUCAUCAUCAUCAGCAUCAUUAACAUCACGGGAUACAAUCUCCAUCUCCAUAUCAAUCAGCUCGUGAUUGGCGGCAACUCGCGGAUACAUCAUCCAACAUGGACGACGAGAUAUGCAAUCCACAACUAUGUCGCAUUUGCAUCACAUCGCACACAAACUCCAUGCAAAUGAUAUCCAUAUUCGGCGAGGAUUCUCUUUGGCAAAAGAUCACCACGCUCGCCGAUGUCAAGAUCACGAAGAACGACACGCUGCCACAGCAGGUGUGCGUGAGCUGUGCGAAGACGGCGAUCUCGGCGUGUCUGUUCAAAAAGAAGUGCGAGGAUGCGGAUAACUUUUAUCGCCAGCAGUUGCUGAUCAAGAAGAUCGAGGGCCACAGUCAAGGCGAUCGGAGCAGCAGCAGCAGAGGCAGCGUUGCAAGCAGCAGCAGCAGUGGCAGCGGCAGCAGCAGCGGCGGCAGCAGCAGCAGCAGUAGCAGCAGCUCCGACGACGACGAUGACGAGGACAAUGACAAUGACAACGAUAACGACAAUGAGAAUGAGAAUGACAACGAUAACGAGAAUGGGAAUGAGCACGGUAACGAUAACGAUCAUCUUAAUGGGACAACGCAUGCCAAUGGCGAAAGUUUGCCGCUGCUGGAUGAGGAAGCAGCGCUUGAGGAGCACGCACAGAAUGGCCAUGGACUGAGCAAUGGCCACCAGCACCACGAUGAGCAGCUGCAGCUGCAGCAGCAGCAUCAGCAACUGGAACAGCUCGAAGGGAAUGCGCCAGAUGAUGGCGAGAUGCCGGAGCACAUGGCAUUCAAUUCGAUACGCCUGAUGCAGGAAUAUAUGCAGCAGCGAAUGAAGAAAUUCCCCAAUGGCCACAACAGUCAGGUGGAUGGUCAACACGAGCACGAUCACGACCACGAGCACGAGCAUCGAAGCAACGUCGAUGACGAUGAUGAUGAUGACGACGAGGAGAUGUCGCUGCCGUUGAUACCAGAGAUUGAGCUGAUCACACCAUCGGAUGAUGCCGCCGGCGUUGGUCACCUUUCCAAUGGCCAUCAUUUGAAUAACAAUGGGCCAACGGCAUCAUCAUCAUCGGCGGCCAUGCAUCCAGUGACUGGGGUCCAUGGGUUUCAGUGUCCGCACUGUUAUCUCGUCUUUGAGAUGAAACAGAUACUCAAGGCGCACAUGCAGAGUGUCCAUGGGGCGCCAGGACCCGUCUACGAAUGCACCAAUUGCCGCAAGACAUACUUCUAUAAGCGAUUCCUCGAGAAGCACAUUCGACGCGGUCGCUGCGUCAAAAAGCGACGCAAUCAGACCCGUCCCAUGCAGUGCUCCGAUUGCCAUGUCCUGUUUCCCACCGGCCAUCAUUUGGGCUGGCACAAACGCACCGGCUGCCCAUCGAAGGCAGCCAAAAUGCCAUUGCAGCAGCUCUUCAAGCAGAACAUUGUGCAGUUCAACAACUUUCCGAAGCGCAUGGUCGCCCGCAAACCGCCAACGGAUAAUGCUGCAGUGCAUCUGAAUAAUCGCAAACUCAGCCUGACAAACAAGCGCAAGGGACGCACUCGCAUCAAACUGGAUGCCAAGAAGAUUGCGCUCGCCAAGCAGCUGAUAUUGCGGGAAGCAACCACGACGGUGAUUGCCAACGAGCUGAAUAUAUCGCGCACGUUCGCUUGGCGUUUGCGCAAGAGUCUCGUCAAUGGUGUCAGUUUGCACGAGCGUGUUGUCGAUCAGUCUGGCGAGGAGCAACAGUUGCAGCUGCAACAGCAACUGCAACAGCAACAACAGCAGCAGCAACAGCAACUGCAACAGCAACUGGAGGAGCAACAACAACAACAGCAACAGUUGUCGCUUCCCUUCGGCCAUCUGGGCCUGGGUCUCAUCAAGGAGGAGCAGCUGGACAGCGAGGAUGAGCAGCACGCUGGACUGACCAUCGAUGAUGAGCUCGAUCACGAUGCCAUCGAUGGCGAUCACGAUGCCGACGGAGAUGUCGAGGGCGAUGUGGAUGGCGCCGCUGAAAUUGGAGCCGAGGAGACGGCCGGGUAUGCGGGCGACGAUGAUGUCUGCGGUCUGCUGCACAAUGGCUACGACAUGCGCGCCCAGCUGGGCGAUGAGCACAGUCCCAUGGCCGAGAUGGUGGAGCACGAGCAGCAGCAUCGUGGCAUCGGUGGCAAGCAGCGUGGCGUCUCCAUGUCGCCCACGCCCAUGUUGCCGGCACGCGCCGAUGUCGAGGCCUAUCAGCGUCUGUUGGCCGAAUCGCAACGCUUUCCCCACAUCGUCAAUGCCCAGCAAUUGCAGUUGCAACAACAACAACAACAACAGCAGCAGCAGCAACAGCAGCAGAAGGCCGCACACAAUGGAACAAUGCCGAUGCUGACGCGUUAUCCGCCCUCCGUUGUCGCUGCAGCCAACCAUGCUCUGCCCGUCAAUCUGUCCCUCCGCUCGAUGCCGCCAAUGAACAGCAACGAGAGCAAUGGCAGCAACAGCAGCAAUGCCACAGCAGCGAAUCAGCAACAACAGCAGCAACAUCUGCAACAGCAGCAGCAACAGCAACCAUUGUCGCAGUUGCAUCAGCCGGGCAAAAAGCCGCGUAAACCGAAUGUGUUUAUCGACGAUGAGAAGUACGCAAUGGCCAAGUUGCUGGUGGCACAAAACUCAUCGACAAUGGAGAUUGCUCGCGCUUUGAACGUAUCACAGAUGACGGCCUGGAAGGUGCGCGAUGCCAUACUGAAGGGAGUGCCGCUCUCGUAUCGCAACAAGCGGGCGGAGGCACGCGACGAGGUGCGUCUCAGCGAUGCAGCCGCAGCAAUUGCAGCCAAGGAGCAGCAGCAGCAGCAGCACCAGUUGCAGCAACAGCAACAGGAGCAACAGCAGCGUCAUCAACAGGAGUUGCAGCGUCAACAGCAACAGCAGCAGCAACAGCUGCAAGAAUUGCAGCAGCAACAGUUGCUACUAAAGCAACAGCAGCAGCAGCAACAGAAACGUCAGCAGCAACAGCAGGAAUUGUUGCUGCAGCAGCAGCAACAGCAACAACAACAGCAGCAACAAUUGCGUCACACGCCAGCAGCAGAAGCAUCACAUUAUCAGCAACAGCAACAACAGCAGCAGCAGCAACAUAAUGGCGGCAAACUGUUACAUCCACGUCGCCGCUUAAAGGCCGCUGAGCGUGAGCUGCGCGACAAGGAGAUCACACGCGAAAUACUCGAACUGAUCAAGGAGGACAGCAACAUACAAUACUGGAAGGUGUCCGCUCGCCUCGCCGAGAAGGGCAUCAACAUAUCGCCGUCAUCCGUUUGCCAGAAACUCAAAUCGAUGGGCAUCCAUCGUCGCUGGAAGCCCGGCGAUAAGCCGCGCACCUUGCUCGACAUUAGUCAGCUGAAAGCGGCAACAGUUGCUGCCGCGGCGGCAGCAUCGCUGGCCGCAAACGGGGGCAACUUUGCUGGCAACAUGCAUAAUGGCGUCAAUGUUGUUGGGCCGAUGGUCGAUGAGGCCUACGAGCAGCAGCAACUCGAUUUGGGCGUACCACAUUUUCUCAGUGCCUUUACGCUACGAUAACGCGGACGAUGACGAUAACGAUAACAUGCGACGAUUACAUAACGAUAACAACUAACUACGACUAAUAACGCCCAAGAAGCAGCUAAGGUUGAGAAGAUUUAUUAACAAAUUGACUAUGACAAAGACUAAGACGAUAACGAUAACGAUUGCAGCUAAUCGAUAACCGAUAACCAUGGCAGUUGUCAGUUAAUAUGCAAAAUAACGAUAACGAUGACAAUGGUUAUACCGAUAACGAUUUCAGCUAAUUGAUAACCGAUAACCAUUUAAUAUGCAAAAUAACGAUAACGAUGACAAUGGUUAUACCGCUAACGAUUUCAGCUAAUUGAUAACCGAUAACCAUUGCAGUUGUCAGUUAAUAUGCAAAAUAAUCAACUUUAUUGCAAGUAACGUUAAAAAUGGCAUAAAAGCGAUGGCGAUGGCGAUAGCGAUUGCAAUCGAUAACGAUAACAGCACAAGACGGACACACACGAUGACUGUGACUGUGAUUAUGACAGAUGAUGAUGAUGCCUCCCGGUCCCGCCCAACGCACUUUCCCUACUUGUUUAAGUAUUACACACACAUAAGCACGCACCACACACACACACACACACACACACACACACCGCAUACACCCAACACACAGACGCUUGCACGGCAGCAACUACAACAAUUUGUAUUUUUAUAUAGUAUUUAAAUGUGCAAAAUCACGCGUUGCAUAAGAAAACUACAUCAAAUGUAUUCGAUUUAUAUAUUUAGAUAUAUAUAUUCAUAUUAUGAAGCAAUGCAUAUAUAUUUAUCAAUAUAUAUGUAUGUAUUUUUUUUUUGUAUUAGGUCGAUAAAAAGCAACAACAACAAGAGAAACAACGCUUUUAUAUAGCGCUUAUAAUAUGCAUUCCUAGAAUGUAAGAAACACACACACACACACAUACUUGAAAAGCGGUCAUUCCAAAAAAAAAAAACAGAAACAAAAGAAAACAAGAGAGAAAAACACAUUCACCAUUUGGUUUAGUUUCCAUACAUAUAUAUAACAUAUAAUUUAAUAUUAUAUAUUUGUCGGUAUUUUAAUUUUAUUUUAUUUUCAAUUUGAACAUGUUUUUUUUUCGUCGUUUUCGUUUUGAAUUCUAGCGCCGCGAAUAAUUAUAGAUGAAAAACAAGCUAAACAUAAUCUUUAAUGUAGGUAAAUGCAUAAUUGUCUAGUAUUUAUUAUAUACUGAAUGCACAUACUGAAAUCAAAACGUAUGUGUUGUAUGUGUGCGCAUAAUGUGAAUGUGAAUGGUUAUUGUUAACUGAACAUUUAUUUAUUUACACAUUUUCUGUUCGCUUCAAAUAAGGACAAAACGUUAAGAAAAGAAGGCUAAGCAGAGAGAAACAAUGAAAUAGUCGAUGAUGAUGAAAAAGAAGAAGAUGAAGAAGAGGUAGAGAUUGCGAUUGCAAUUUUUGCAAAUUGCUGAAAGUACUGAAUUUUUGAUUUUAGUAAAAAUAUUAUUAAUACGAUUAUUAUUAUUAUGAUUAUUAUAAAUAAUUACAUUCUGAUUAUUAUGAAAGGAACAAAAUAACAGACAGAACAAAACAAAACAACAACAAACAAAAAAAGUGAAGAAAACUAAAAAAACAAAAACAAAAGAAAACAAGCAACAAUUUAACAAUAUUAAGACAUUUAUAUAUUGUGUUAUAAAUUAGCUAACAUAAGUGCAAUUACAACAACAACAAUAAUAGCAAGAACAACAAAAACAACAGCCGAUAACAGAAAUCACAUUUGGCCUGGCCUAAUCGACAGGGUGCAAUAGCAAAAAUAAAAACAAAAACAAAUUUGUUAAGACAUUUAGAUAAGUAACACAUAACUCCACCUCCCCCCUUUCCACCUCCUCACCCACACACACUCCUCUCACACUCACGACAAGCGAACAAUGUUGAAUUAGCCAAUUGAAAAAUAAGAAGAAAGCAAGCAAGUAAAGCAUUACAUUUAAUAUUGCUAAGAUUUGUAUUUAUUUACAGUAAAGACACCCACACACCCACAUAGCUAUAUAUCAAUAUACACAACACAUAUACAUACAUAUAUAUAUUUAUAAACAAAACAAGGUUUAUUUUUUUGAUCGUCUGCGCAGCUAUGCUUGUAUUAAAUCCUUUUGUACCCCCAAAACAAAACAAAACAAAACAAAACAAAAAAGACAGAGAACGAGAGAGAUAGCGCGAGAACGCAAAAGCGAGCACGCAACGCAAAAAUGAGAGCAUCGAUGUGCGCUUGCGCAAAUGCGAGACCGAUAUGUAGAUAUCGAUAACUGCAAUGUCGAUAAUUAGUAUUUUUGUAAACAAUUUGAAAUUGUAACUGGCAGCACUGCAUAACCACGAGUAUAUACUACCAUUAUAUUACUUAAAGCAAAAACAAAAACAAAAUCAAAAAAAACAUAAAAAAAAACAAUGAUAAUGUGUAUAUAGUUAGUAUUUUUUUUGUUUAACUAUAUAAUUAUUAUGAUUAUUAUUAUACUUUUUCCAGCUUUUGUAUGCAAUACAAGAAAUUAUUUAUAAGCAAAAAAAAAGAACAACAAAAACAAACAAAUAGAA